UAAAAUACUACAACCCUGUUUUGCACAAUCUCAACUGCAAGGAGCAGCUUCAACGUUAAUGUUCAUUUGUUGUGUGAAAUGUUGCAGCAUGGGAUUUAGUGGCAGCCACUGAAGUGAUGGACAGCACGCUGAAGCUCCGCUCUCUUUAUUCAUUUAUUUAUUUAUUUAACAGGAGCAACACUGUCCACACCAGAGCAGUGGGAGUGCAGGGCAGCCCAUCCAGCGAGUCUCACUGCUGAAACGCUCCUCUGACCGCCAGGUGCAAUCCAAACAUCUUCACCCUCCCAUGAAGGCGCAUCACUUGGCAACAAUGUCUCCAAACACCCGCAUGGCUUUUGUGGAAGCGAUUUGUCCCCCUAGUACCUUUUACGUUCCGUCCUAGCGCGUCUUCUGGUGGGAACGCCAUGUCCUGGAUGUAUUUUCUCCGGAGAUUGUAAAGUGGAAGGAAGCGCAUCUCGCUGAAGAAGCCAUGUGGAGAGCGGCCACGUCCCUUGGUGGGAGCACCGGAGGCAUAAAGCCCCACUAACAGGACAUCACUAUCUGCGUCUUCUUGGAGGAAAAAGGUCCGUCGAUGAGGAAACAAAGAGAGACGAGAUGGUAGAGAAUGGCCGCACCUGACCUUCUUGACCCAAAAUCUGCCGCCCACAACUCCAAACCUCGCCUGUCAUUCUCGGUCAGCCCGGUGCUGCUGAACACUCCAGAAGACGAGUGUGACACCCGGACUACAGUCAUGAGGUGGAAAACUGUGUCAGCCAUCUUCUUCUUGGUGGUGCUUUACCUCAUUGUUGGGGCGACAGUGUUCAGAGCGCUGGAGCAGCCCCACGAGAGCUCCCAGAAGCUGGCCAUCCUCGCAGAAAAACUGGACUUCUUGGCCAUGCACUCCUGUGUAAACUCCUCUGAGUUGGAGGAUUUGGUGAAGCAAGUGGUUUCAGCAGUCCGAGCAGGUGUGAACCCUUCAGGAAAUUCAUCCAACCACAUGAGCCUCUGGGACAUCAGCUCCUCUUUUUUCUUUGCUGGGACUGUUAUCACCACAAUCGGAUUUGGGAACAUCUCUCCUCACACAGAAGGUGGGCGGAUCUUCUGUAUAAUUUACGCUCUUCUUGGGAUUCCCCUAUUUGGAUUCUUAUUGGCUGGUGUCGGGGACCAGUUGGGGACCAUUUUUGGGAAGGGCAUCGCCAAAGUAGAGAAAAUGAUUGUGAAGUGGAAAGUCAGCCAGACAAAGAUCCGCGUCAUCUCCACGCUGAUCUUCAUUCUGUUCGGGUGCCUCAUCUUCGUGGCUCUGCCAGUCAUCAUCUUUAAGCACAUUGAGGGCUGGAGCACGCUAGAGUCCAUUUAUUUUGUCGUCAUAACCCUCACAACAAUUGGCUUUGGAGACUUUGUCGCCGGUGAAAAAGGUGGGUCAGAAAACCCAGAGUUUCUAAACUACUACAAGCCCGUGGUGUGGUUCUGGAUCCUGGUGGGCCUUGCCUACUUUGCUGCUGUGCUCAGUAUGAUUGGAGACUGGUUCCGAGUCAUCUCCAAAAAAACUAAAGAGGAGGUUGGGGAGUUUCGAGCACACGCAGCCGAGUGGACAGCAAACGUGUCGGCAGAGUUCAAAGAGACCCGGCGGCGACUCAGCGUUGACAUCUAUGACAAGUUCCAACGUGCUGCAUCCAUCAAGCGCAAGCUGUCAUCCGAGCUGGGUAUAAACUCGACCCUCAACCAGGAAUUGACCCCUGGCAAGAGGGCACUUUCUGUCAACCUGUAUGAGGACAGAGAGAACUACCCCAACUCGACUCUCUCCCUCAGUCCCAUCCCGGGGACUCUGGCCCGGAACGGCAGCUUCUACCUGAACGGCCUCAGCCCAGACUACGCUGACCGGCGGGAGAUCGCCAUCAUCGAAAAUCUAAAAUAAGACGCGGCAUGAAAAUGAGAUUCAGGGAACUGAAUGAAACGCAUUUGUUAGUGGACAGAACUUGCAAACACAUGCCCACUUUUGUGCUUGUCUGAGCAUCUGUUAUAAGGUACCUGUGCACAUUCAUUAAGUGGAUUGUACUCCAAUCAUUGAUCGAAAACCUUGAAAAGCUUGACAGAUCAAUCAUCAAAAUUCAAACACACAUAUUUAACGGGCUCGCUCACAGGUCCCAUCAAAUCAGCCGACUUCCUUUCUUUGUGUCUGUGCCAACGUGAUCGACAGCUGUGCAAGCGAUUGAGCCAAAUUAGAAGCCUGCUCCAGAAUGGAACAAAUGAUUGUAUCAGAGGCAUGCGUUCAACAAAGCUAUCUCAUGAGCAGGAAGGAAAUGAAAGCCCAUAUUGAGGUAGCAACACAUCUUAACAUGUGCCCACAAACAAGCCUGUGAACACACAGAAAGAAAUACAUUCAUCCAACUUAGAAAGCAAUAGAUGUAUCUGUGCUCUUUUCUUGUUGAAUUUCCAGAGGCCCUGAAAUCUGCAUCAGAAAAAGAGGAUCCUCACUGCUAAAAACACUCCAUAAUCAACAAUGAACGCUUUUUUUCUUGACGCGGCACCAGUCCUGUGCGAACACAAAGAAAUGGGGCUUUUUCUUUUUAGUUUACACUUCUUCCAGUAUGAAUUUGUAUGCCUUGCAUUCGCCGGUCAGUUUGCCCUCGCUAAGGACCGACAUUUAGCUUUUCACCCUAAGGAAUAACCACUUGUGCCUUACGUGAGGAUGGAGAUGCAUGAAGGAAUGAGAUGCGCUUUGUCUGUCCACUUAAACUCUCCGACUUGUUAUAUAUAAGCACAGUAAAAAAAAAAUCCAUAUAUUCAGGAGGGCACCUUGGAAUAAAUAUAGUAUGAAGAGGAAGCAAAUGGACAGAGGAAGAGGAAUCUACAGUAUACAUGGCAACCGAUUGGAGAAACAGUUUCUUAACAACUGUGAAGAUGCCUACCAGUCACUGAUCAGACCCCAUUCUCCCUUAUACCAAAGUAAUGAUCCAUGAUUCUGACAGAAGAAUCAGAGGUCUUCUGUGUGAUCAAAGGACCAGGAGUCCUUUGUGUUAUUUCAUUUUUUUCAGGAGACUGAAACAUAAAGCUCGGUGCGUCAACACUGUCUUAUUUCCGAAUAGUACAUACUACAGACCAGGGGUAGCAGCUGAUAUUAUAACCCGACGUGUAUCGUACUGUAGCAAUGAAAGCUGCAUCUUUCCCCUUUUUUUAUGUUGCAGCACAUCACUACCUUCAGAUAUAAAGUCAGUGGUUUAAGAUGAGAGCCUUGCCAAUUUUGAAUGUACACCACCAUAAAGCUCUAUUUGCUGUAUAUCACUGUAGAUACAAAAUUAUUAUGACUUUAGAGUCUGUGAGUUUAACACAUGCCUGAUUUAGUGUUGAUUAUUGAAAAUUGAUUAAUUGAAAAGAUUAUUAAAUAGGUAGGAAUGUCAUGGCACAGUUAGUAUCUCACUUUGACUUUUAAUAUGGCAUAAAACAUUUUUAUUUUAAAUUUUAAACGGGCCCUUUUCUAAAAAUAAGGAUGGACUGCUUUUGAUGACAUCAUGCAGGGGAAUUUCGGAUUCUUGUGUCUCGCAAUGGAAUGGUUUGGAUUGUGUGUCUUAUAGUGUUAUUUCGUGCUUUUAUCCAGCAUGAUAUGCUGUAAAUGUUCUCAAAACAUUUGAUAGUGCUAUUUACAGCUUGUAGAAUUAAAACAUAUUUACAAGAAGUGGGAUUUACAAAACAGAAUGCCAUACAGUAUGUUUCAAACCAAGCCUACUCAUCUGCUUUACCAAAUGUUUAGAAUGUAUGGGUUAUCAGAAGAGUGUUUAGUGUGGCAGGAGAAGUCAGUUGCACCAGCUCUUAUAAGUAAAACAAAAUACAGCCAAUACAGUUAUUAUAACUUUAUUAUAAACUUAUUGACAGACCCCUGUGCUGUGUCAGCACUCACUCAGCUGUGAGUAUGCUCUGACUAUGCCACUUACCUAUUGUGGGAUCCAGAGAAAAAAAAGUUUUGGCUUGUUUGUAUUUUAAGCUAAUCUCAACAUCCUGGUCAGCUCUAAGCCCUGGAUGCAGCGACGGCGCCCUUGCGAAAUUUGAUAGCGGAAGCGGAUACAUCAAAUGGAUUUCACUGCAAUUGUGCCUCGUACAAUUUCAUGUGACAAAUAAAAAAGUAUUGAUUGAAUUCAAUGAUCGAUUGAUUGUGAGUAACGCACCGGAUGCCAGGCUUUAUCCCAGCUCUGUACACCUGGUAAACCAGACUAAUGACAACAACAGCUAGAUUAGCAUAUAUGCAUGCAUAUAUAUAUAUGUGUGUAUAUAAGUAAAACAAAGUAAUACCGACAUUAGCAAAAGAUCAAUAGCUAAGUUUAAAAUCACUAAAACUGUAAUUUGAUUAAAAAAGCAACACAUGUUUCCUAGCAACCGGUUUGCACAUCAGUCUUUGCAGCUAAGACUUUACUCCAUAUCAAGUGUGAAACUAGCGAGCAGUUACUAAGUAAUAAGGAAAGACUGUACACACAAACUGAAUUAAACAAAUCUGGUUUAAACCAGUCUACAACAGUAUUAGUCGGUUACAUGUUUGCUCUCUUUUUUUGUUCUAAAUCUCGAGGUUUUCUUAAAAAGGUCGUCCUUAGCGUGAGCACUCACUGACUGUACUGUAAGGGCAUCAGCUGCCAUGUGUAAUCAAGUCAAACAGGAGUCACAAAGAGAUUGUGAAGAAAAUAAGAUAAGGAUAAGAGACUAUUUCAAACAUGUUCUAAAAAAAUAUAUAAUUUUCUUGUUCUUGCGUAUCUAAAAAGUAAUCAAAAACAUCAAGACAAAUAUGUAUGUUGACUUGCAAUACACUGAAAGAAAUGCUAUGAUGCUUUACUGUAAUGCCUGGGGAAAAGCACCGUGUGUGCAGCUGUUCAAAGAGAAGUCGUCCUACGGAUGUAUCCCAGUCGGCCCUGUGAUCGGCAGCCACUUAGAGGCGAGCUGUCAGUGCUGAAGAAAGUCAAGGAGUGCUGUGGAUGGAGCGUUAUGUAAUAUGUCAGGCCAUGCUAGGACACGUGAGGAUACCUAUGCAUGAUUGUGUUUACCUGUUUGUGUAUGAAUGAACGUGUGGAAUGUGCAUUGACAAAACUCAUUUAAUUUCCACCCACAGCAUUUUCACAUGGCGUCCUCUUUUCCCAGGGUGACAGUUUUUAAUUAAGUCUGCGGCUCUAUUAAAAUCCUUGUUCAAGCAUGUAGAAUGUACCGAUCCAUGACGGCAGAGAUGAGCCUCAUUAUGAAUGUAAGCACAUUCAUGAUUUAACAUUGUGAUUUAUGUAUGCAAAGUACAGUUCAAUUAGCUCAGUGGGUAUGCUGUGAAAACAACUACAGGCUUUUUAAAGCCAUUGGUCCUCAUUUUAU